UUAAAAUUAUAUAUAUCUAGGAUUAAAAUAUUUAACGUGUUUGAAAACAGUUUAAUACGAUAGUUUGAAUACAUAAUUACAAUUUCGAAAAUGUCUAAGGAAAAGGAAAAUCCAGUAGAGGAAGAGGCGGAAGCGGAAGCUCUAGAAGAAGCGGGAAUUUUAGAAGCAGAUGUCGGGGCCCAUUUCGAUCAACAAUUGGCGUCCAUUGAUCCUCAUCUCUCGAUACAAAUGGAUCCUCUGGCGCACCAUCAUCUACGACCAGAAAUGAUGUUCAUCCGCGAAGAGUUGCGUCAGGCCAAAAUGCAGACCUUAGCGGUUCGUCGCGCUGCUCUGAAGAAACUUUUGGUAAAAGAUUUUCUACAAGAAGACUGUGAAUUGAGGAACAUUGGCCUCUCUUACGCUUCUCCAGAUGUUUAA